ACAGAGUCAGAGACGUCAUAAUGGACCUCAUCGCUCGUCGCCAAAAGGUGGACAGAAUUCUUCUUCUGAGCGCUGAGCCCCACGUCCCGCUCCUUGGCUCUGCCCUUUGGCUGUAUCGCCACCAUGUGUCCCCCGACUGCCUCUUUGUCAAUGUCUGUGCGAAUGCAGCGAAUCCAAGUACUUCCGGUUCCAGGAAUGUUGUGAUAAGUGGGUUCAAUGAGCAAGUGCUCAGGUUCAUGGCCGAAUGUGGCAACUCCCGGUUCCUAGAGCACGUUGGGAAGGCAGACGAGAUCCAUGGCCUGCCCAAGAAGCGGAAGGCAGUGGCGGUUGAGGUGGAAACUGGGGUUGCCUCCUUGAUACCACCCCCCAAGAGCAGGUGGCGCUCCGUCAAGAUUUUUGUCUCCUCCACCUUCCGCGACAUGCACGGCGAACGGGACCUGCUGAUCCGCUCCGUCUUCCCUGAGCUACGAGCCCGGGCAGCCCAGUUCUGCCUGGCGAUAGAGGACAUCGACCUCCGCUGGGGGAUCACUGAGCACGAGAGCCAGCAGAACAAGCAGCUGGAGCUCUGCUUGUCAGAAGUCUGUCGGAGUCAGCUGUUCAUUGGGAUCCUUGGGGAGCGGUAUGGCCACGUCCCUACGGAGUAUUCCUUGCCAGAUGAACCCCAUUUUGAGUGGGUGAAGUUUUACCCAGCGGGCCGCUCCAUCACUGAGCUGGAGGUGGUUCAGUUCCUGAACGGUUGUAAGAACCCUGCUGCACCAUCAAGGAGCUUCUUCUACCUCCGGCAGCCAGACUUUCUCGACUCCGUGCCAGAAACGUGGAGGGCGGAUUUCGUGGCUGAGUCAGAGGAGGCCAAGCGCCGGCUGGGAGACCUGAAGGAGAGCAUUGAGAACCAUGGCAGCCUGGCUUCGUGUAGCAGAUACGUUUGUCAAUGGGGCGGGGUAGCCCAGGGCAGGCCAUACGUCAAGGGGCUCGAAGAUUUUGGUGUCAAGGUACUGCAGGAUGUAUGGGAAUGCCUCCGGCGCCAGUUUAUAGAGGGAGAUGGCUCCACUCUGGCCGAUGACGAACCAGAAAAGGAGGAAGAAAUUGGCCUGCAAGACUCUUUCCAGGAGUUGCAGCAGAGGAGGUUUUGUGCCCGGGCAAAACUCGUCCAUUCUGUGGCUGCCCAGCUGCGCAGAGGAAAGCUCUGUAUUGUGAGCGGAGAGGCUGGCCAAGGGAAGACUGUCUUCCUGGCGGCCCUUUCCCAGGUGCUCAGAGCGAAGGCCCCGCAGCAGAAAGAAGACCCUGCUCCCAGUUACCACGUCGUGACCCACUUCACCCAAGCCCGGCCCGAUCAGGCCGAAGCCCAGGUGAUGUUGGGCCACCUGUGUUCCCAGCUGAGGAAAUUGCUGGCGCAUCCUCCAGCCCCACCCAAAAGCUACAGGGGGCUGGUUGGCCAGUUUGACUCCCUCCUCCAUUCUGUGGCCCUGUCUUUGAAGCGACGCCAAUCUCUGGUGGUUUUGGUGGAUGGCGCUGACCUUACCUACACGGCCAGUGGGCAGCUGGUUUCUGAUUGGCUGCCCGAGGAGCUGCCCCAGCGAGUCAGCCUUGUCCUCAGCGUCUCUGAGGAAUCUGUACUCCUUGGGUCUCUCAAGCGGCGGAAGGACGCCUCCUUCAUUCCCCUUGGACCUCUGGACCCCCCUGACCGAGUUGCCAUGGUCCGCAAAGACCUGGCCUUGUAUGGCAAAAAGUUGGAGGAGUCGGCUUUCAACAACCAAAUGCGGCUGGUGCUCCUGAAGCGAGGCUCCCGGCAACCUUUGUACCUGACCCUGCUGACUCAGGACCUGCGGCUCUUUGCCCUGUAUGAGAAGCUCUCGGAGAGGAUCCAGAAACUGCCUGUGUCACUGCCUUUGCUGCUGCAGCAUCUGCUGGGCUGCCUGGAGGAAGAUCACGGGGAGGAGAUGGUUUCUGUUGCCCUCGUGUGUCUCUGGGCCAGCAGAGACGGUCUCAUGGAGCGAGAUCUCUACACCAUCCUUGCUGACUUGAAGGACCUGAAUGGGACUGACUUCACCAUGGAACACGCCAUCUGUGUCGAAAGACAAGCCAGGAGCCAUCCCAUGGCCCCCUUCUUUGACUUCCUGCGGAGCCUGAGGGGCUUGCUUGGGGCAUGUGGCUCCCCCUCAGGGCCUUCAGGCUCUCGGCUGCAUCUCUCCAGCGCCCCCUUGAGGAUGGCAGUAGAACGGCGCUAUCUGAAGAACUCGGGCUUGGACUACACAGCUCAUAUGCUCUUGGCAGCUCAUUGGUGGAAACUGGUAGGCUUGGACGAUUCCUGGAACCAGAACUGUGAGGCAGAGGCCUUGAUGGCCCUCCCCUAUCACAUGGCCCAAAGUGAAAACUUUGAAGUGCUGGGUUCUCUGCUGACAGACCUGAGCUUUGUGAGCGCUCACGUCCGGCUGGGUCUCCUCCACAGCCUCUCUGAGGCCUACGCACUCUAUGAGACUGUGUCUGACUUGGAGGUCGAUGAGACUGUGAGGACCUUCCGGGCCUUCCUGCAAAGAAACAUGGGGCUGCUUUCCCAGAAUCCUCUGCUGCUUCUGCAGCAGGCAGCCAACGAACCGCACGGCUCAUCGCUGUGUGUUCAGGCUAUGAAUGAGCUCAUUGACAACGGGAGGCCUAUCCUGAAAUGGGCUAACAAGCCCCAGGAAGCUCAGAAGACCAACAGCCUUGUCCUGAGCCUGCCUGCCACUCCUUCUUGUGUCUCCGUUGCCCCUUCUGGAAAGCUGGCUGCUGUGGGCACUGCUGAUGGAAUCCUGCACCUCCUGGAUAUAGAGACUGGGCAGGAACUUAAGUCCUUGCUGAGUGCUUGUGAUGGGAUCUCAGCCUGUGAGUUCCUGUCGGAGGUAACAGUCUGCCUCGGGGCCUUCAACGGACGCUUGGAGCUGUGGAGCCUGAGGGAAGGGUGCAGGCUCAUGGGCACAGAUGCCCAUAAGACCCAAAUCACGGAUUGCUGCACCAACGCUGGCUGCAAGCUGCUCGCGACUGUCUCCCUGGAUGGCCACCUCAAGCUCUGGGAAUCUACUCAUGGUCAGCUGACACAUGAACGAGACUGCUUGUGUCCUUUGAACUGUGUGGCCUUUCACCCCGAGGGUCAAUUGGUCGCCACCGGAGGGUGGGACAGAACUGUCACCAUCCUGGAUGCUAAUGAGAUGAGUGUGACCUCGGUGAUGAAAGGCCACGAUGCCUCCAUCCAUUCCAUUUCCUUCUCCUCGGCUGGAAAUGUUUUGGCAGCAGGAACCCUGAUGGGAUCUGUCCAUCUCUGGUCGUGGCAGGAGGCUGUUGUCUUGAAAACAUUCUCAAGUCACUCGGGUUGUGUCUCUGUUGCUCUGUUUCUCCCAGGGGGUGAACUGCUCACAGCAGGAGAAGAUUGCAAGGUCCAGCUUUGGGCAGGUCACCAGGGGCAACUGUGGAAUACCUUGCGGUCAGGAGUCUCCUCCCCAGCUCUGUGCACUGCAGCCAAUCCCGAUUGCAGCCGCUUGGCUGUGGGGUACCAUUCGGGGGACCUCCGGGUCUUCACACAGCUUUGGCACGCUCCACUGCCCCACUGUGGUGCAACGGGGGUUGCUAUCUGUAGCCUGGCCUGGCUGGACAGCCUCCACCUGGUUGGGGGCAGCAGCGACGGGUCCCUGUACGUCACAAACACCUACCAGUACAGCCGCCUUUGCCUCCGUAAGCUGCAAGGCCACAAAGGAGCCGUGACGGGCCUCGCCGUCUUCGAGAAGCUGGUGGCAUCGGUGUCAGAGGAUUUCACUGUCCAGCUGUGGCUUUCAGAGACUCUGAGACCAACGGAUCCUGCUGCAGAUGCUGACAUCCUGCCCCUUGCUGUCCUCCGGGGUCACACCGGGGGGGUUACAUGCUGCGCCUUCAGCCUUGACGGCCGCUACCUUGCCACGGGAGGCAAAGACCGGGCCUUGUUUCUCUGGGAUGUCAGGGACCCCUCCCAGAAGACCCCUUCCCUCUGGCGCUCCAUGCUUUUCUGCCACCAGGACUGGAUCUCCUGCUGCGCCUGGGCAGGCCCCAUGUUGCUCACAGGCUCCAACGACUGCACCGUCUGUCUCUGGGAUCCCAAAACUGGCCAGCGCCUCCAGGAAUUCCUGGGCCACCAAAGCCCAGUAUGCAGUGUCACGAGUGAGAAAGAACAUGUCUUCUCCGUGGGCAGGGAUGGGAUGCUGGUGGCGUGGAACCAACAGGGGCUGGAGAUGACUCGCUUCUUGGCUCACCCUGACCGGGCCAACCACUGUGCAGGCUUCAGAGAUCCGCGGGAAAAAGAGUUUAUUUUGGCUGCAGCUGGCGGUGAUGGCACAGUGAAACUUUGGAAGCCCCUGAAGCUGGCGGAACCUGACGUCUUCCCUGGCCACUGCGCUGCCAUCUGUGGGGCUGCUGCUUCCCCAGCAUCUUCCUCUUUCCUGACAAUAUCCAAAGACAACACAGUCCGAGUGUGGGCCGUCCCCAAGGAAAAAGUAGGAGCCGCCAAAGACCUUCCCACUCACCAGGGUGCCGUCACGGCCUUGGCCUGGUCCCCCGAUGGGGACUUCGUUGUGUCUGGUGGGGAACGCGGAGACCUGGUCCUCUGGCACAAAGCCAAGGCAGUGGAGAAAGUGAAGGCUGGCCAGCGUUGCAUCAGUGCCUUAGCCUUCACUUCCAGCCGCACCAUCCUUGUGGCAGCUGAUGGGAUCAGCCUCUGGUACAUAAGCAGGCAGCGCGAUGGAACCAUCAGCUUGACCCGCAGGAAGUGCCUGCGCCAAGCAGAGGAGUCUUCUGCGCUCUGUGUGGGGGUGCUCAGGCCCAGCGGCCCCAUAGUCCUAGGAAUGGCCGACGGAGACCUGCUGGUGCUGCAGCCUGGAGCCGAGAGCUUCCAGCAGAACCCAUACACAGACAAAGUGUGGGAUAUCCAGCAGCACGUGAGCUUUGACAUAUCUGUGUCCGAGGACGAGGAGGAGGAGGGGCAUAUCUUUCAUAUCUGGGACUCUGUGCACAGCCCGACCUUGUUCAAGAUGAGGGUAACCGAAUCUGGGAAGUUAGAAGACACAGACGCCCUGGAGAAGAUACCAUGGGUACCCAAAAGGCCCUCUGUUUGGGUUACUGUUGCCCGGCAGGUCAAAGGUAAACUCCUAUUAUGUGCAGACUCUGAAGGAUGCCUCUGGACUCAGACCCGGCAGACUGAGGAGAGAGUGGAUAAAUGGAAGGCUGACGGCUGGCAGAGGAAGAAGAUUCACAGUGACAAAAUCACAGCCCUGCAUGUCCUCGGAGACAGGAUUGUAACAGCAUCACAUGACCGAGAUGUGAAGAUUUGGGAUGGCAACACUAUGAAACUGCUGGGCCAGUUCCGAUGCCAUGGGCCAGUUUCACAGCUCCAGCCUUGGAUCGAUGCAGACUCCUCCCUUUUUCUCUACGCGGGUGACACUCUGGGCAACGUUUACUCCUUAGAGUGGGGCUCCGUCUCUGCUUGAGGGAUGCGUCUUCCUGAGGGGAGCUCCUGCCAGCAGCCUCUUAAGCCUGGCACUUCUCCUUUCCAGACAUGAAUGCAGCUGUUUCGCUGCUACCUCCUCAGCCUUGCCCCAACCCUCUCAGCAGCUGGAAUCUGCAGAUCCCGCAUGGCUUCUGUAGGCCACAAAGAUCAGAUAACUGUGUGAGUAACCACCUUAGAAACCUGGCUGGAGUCUGGGUUUGAAGCCAGUCAAGCUUUGUAGCUCCCUUCUACCUAACACCAGAGUUGAAAAACAAGGGCUAAAUCUAUUGUGUGUACAGAUUUCCCCUGCGCCCCCUUUGCCUUCAAAAUACUGUGAUGACAAAUUUGCAACCACUGAUGCCUUCUGUAUAGUGUUUUUAUUUUGCUAAUGUGCCUUCCCUUAUUUUACAAGUCAAUUAAGAAAUAAAAUGGAGCAAUGUCAA